UUAUUUACUAAGUUGUCUUGUCUCUUCUUCUUUUGUGCAUUAAUUAGCUGUGAAGCUUCCUAGAGAGAGAGAGAGAGAGACUUGUCUAACACCAUUGACGAGUUCCAUAGCUUUCCCGCGAAAUAGAGGAAAAAAACGACUAAAAAUUUAACUACACAGCUUAAUCUUUCUCUUUCUCUCUAGUCUCUACGUUCGUUUUCAUCUUGUUUAAUAUUAUUAAUUUUAUUUUUCGAGUUUUCUUCCCCUUCAUUGAACUUUUGGAUGCAUCAUUUUCCCAUGGCACUGUGGAAAAGUGGCACGAGUUUGAAUUCUUCGGAAGGGUAAUGCGCGUCCACGGCAUAAUGCGAGAUCCAAUCCAAGUCUUUGUUCAACGCCGCUACCAUUUUCACCUUACUAUUAUUCAUCUUGUUUCACACUUUGAGGAAUUAUCAAACAUGGUGAUUUUUCACUCGUUGUUAUUAUUGUCGUCGUUGGCUUCCUCGAACAUUCUGUUCCCAAGCUGAUUCCUUGACCGGUUUUCUAGGCACCCUUUGACGUGUCUGUUUCUGGGUGUUUUCUGUUUUCUGCUUUCUGCAUAUAUAUACACAAAUAUCACGUUGCUGCUUUUCCUUGACAGUAGAUAUAUCUAUAUUCUCUAGCAUCUCUGAACCUUUCUGUUAUUUUGGUGUCAGCUUUUGUAACCUUCUUCUUCUGUGAUCAGAGUUUUUAUUUUUUAUUUUUGGGUUGAUUUGUUUUCUUCAAUUUCUUUGACCCUUAAUUGGGUAGAGGGGUUUUGAGUUUCUGGGGUAUUGAAUAGUGGUUGUGGUUGAAGAGGCUGGGGUGCAUUGAGGGUUUUAUUUUGUUUUGAAACUUGAGAGUGAGUUUGGGUUUGACAAGUACUUGAGGAGGUGGUUAGUUUUGGUAGUUGUCUUUCGUGGGAGGUGUUUUGGGGUGGAGGCAGUAGUUUUUCUCUCUUGGGGCUUUUUCUUUGUGGUUGUGGAUAUUGGUGGAUUGAAUGGUAGACUUGGGGAGGAGAAGAAUGAGGGGUGAAAGGAGAAGGAAGUUGCGUCUUAGCAAGAUCUAUUCAUUUGCUUGUGGGAAGCAAUCUCUCAAGGUGGAUCAUUCACAUAUUGGAGAGAGAGGGUAUUCCAGGGUGGUGUUUUGCAAUGAGCCAGGGAGCUUUGAGGCUGGGAUAAGGAAUUAUGCUGAUAAUUCUGUGAGCUCCACAAAGUAUAAUGCUGUUACUUUCUUACCUAAGUCACUUUUUGAGCAGUUUAGGAGGGUGGCCAAUUUCUUCUUUUUGGUAACUGGCAUCUUGGCCUUCACUAAGCUGGCUCCUUAUACAGCUGUCAGUGCUAUCCUUCCUCUGAUUGUUAUUACUAUAGCAACUAUGAUCAAAGAGGCUAUUGAAGAUUGGCGAAGGAAACAGCAGGAUAUUGAAGUAAAUAAUAGAAGAGUUAAAAUGCAUAAAGGACAUGGAACUUUUGAAUAUACUGAGUGGAAGAAUCUGAAGGUAGGGCAUAUAGUGAAGAUAAUGAAGGAUGAAUUCUUCCCUGCAGACCUCCUAUUACUUUCAUCCUGUUAUGAGGAUGCAGUCUGCUAUGUAGAGACUAUGAACUUGGAUGGAGAGACAAAUUUGAAGUUAAAAUAAGGGUUGGAAGUAACCUGUUCCUUUCACGAGGACUUUCAUUUCGGUGAUUUUAAAGCUACAGUCAAAUGUGAAGAUCCAAAUGAAAAUUUAUUCAUUUGUUGGGAGCAUGGAGUAUGAAGAACAACAAUAUCCCCUUUCUCUUCAACAACUUCUUUUGAGAGACUCUAAACUUCGUAACACAGACUAUGUAUUUGGAGUUGUCAUCUUCACUGGUCAUGACACGAAGGUCAUUCAAAAUUCCACUGACCCCCCUUCAAAGAGAAGAAAGGUUGAGAAGAAGAUGGAUAGGGUUAUCUACUUCAUGUUUUGCAUUUUGUUUCUAAUGGCAGUUGUUGGAUCUAUUUUCUUUGGCUUUACAACUAAAGAUGACUUGGACAAUGGAGUGAUGAAAAGGUGGUAUUUAAGACCAGAUGAUUCUACAAUUUUCUUUGAUCCUAAAAGAGCACCUGCUGCUGCUAUAUAUCAUUGUUUGACAGCCUUAAUGUUAUAUGGUUUCUUCAUUCCCAUCUCAUUAUAUGUUUCAAUAGAAAUUGUCAAAGUCCUUCAGAGCAUCUUCAUCAAUCAAGAUAUCCAUAUGUACUAUGAAGAUGCAGACAAACCAGCCCAUGCCCGUACUUCAAACUUGAACGAGGAACUUGGCCAAGUUGACACAAUACUUUCUGAUAAAACUGGAACUCUGACCUGCAACUCGAUGGAGUUCAUCAAAUGUUCCAUUGCUGGGGUAGCUUAUGGUCGUGGUGUUACGGAGGUUGAGAGGACAAUGAGUAGAAAAAAUGGUCCUGCUUUGAUUGACAACCUAGGGGAAUCUCCCGACCGAAAUGUACCCAUCAAAGGUUUUAACUUUACAGAUGAAAGAAUAAUGAAUGGAAAAUGGGUUAAUGAGACUAAUGCAGAUAUUAUCAAGAAAUUUUUUCGCUUGUUGGCUAUCUGCCAUACAGCCAUACCAGAAGUUGAUGAAGAGACAGGAAAUGUCUCAUAUGAGACUGAAUCUCCAGAUGAAUCAGCAUUCGUAAUUGCAGCGAGAGAAAUUGGAUUUGAAUUCUAUAAAAGGACUCAGACUAGUUUGUCAAUGUAUGAAUUAGAUCCAGUUUCCGGUGACAAAAUUGAAAGGACGUACAAACUUCUCAAUGUUUUAGAAUUCAAUAGCUCAAGGAAGCGAAUGUCAGUCAUAGUGAAAGAUGAAAAAGGAAAAAUUUUGCUACUCUGUAAAGGGGCUGACAGUGUCAUGUUUGAGAGGCUUGCCAAGGAUGGGAGGGAGUUUGAAGAGAAAACCUCAGAACAUGUGCAUGAAUAUGCUGAUGCAGGUCUAAGGACCCUGAUCCUGGCAUAUCGUGAACUUGAUGAAAACCAAUACAAGGAGUUUGAUAGUAAAUUUUCUCAAGCAAAAAAUUCAGUUAGUGAAGAUCGGGACACACUGAUUGAGGAAGUAUCAGACAAGAUUGAGAGGAAUCUAAUUCUUCUUGGUGCCACUGCUGUAGAGGACAAGCUCCAAAAUGGGGUUCCUAAUUGCAUUGACAAGCUUGCCCAGGCCGGAAUUAAGAUCUGGGUUUUGACUGGGGAUAAAAUGGAGACUGCGAUCAAUAUUGGUUUUUCUUGUAGUUUACUUAGACAAGGAAUGAAGCAGAUUAUUAUUCAUUUGGAAACUCAAGAAAUUCAAUCAUUGGAGAAAGCGGGAGACAAGGUGGCCAUUGCCAAGGCUUCAAGAGAAAGUAUCCGCUAUCAAAUAUCUGAAGCUGCUCAACAGCUUACUGCCUCCAAAGGAACCCCUCAGCAAGCAUUUGCUCUAAUUGUUGAUGGAAAAUCACUCACUUAUGCCCUAGAGGACAAUACAAAGAAUAUGUUUCUAGACCUUGCAGUUCGAUGUGCAUCCGUUAUCUGCUGCCGUUCGUCACCGAAGCAGAAGGCUCUUGUCACCAGACUAGUCAAAUCUGGAACUGGAAAAACUACAUUAGCUAUAGGUGAUGGAGCUAAUGAUGUGGGAAUGCUUCAAGAAGCUGAUAUAGGGGUUGGCAUCAGUGGCGUUGAAGGAAUGCAGGCAGUUAUGUCUAGUGAUAUUGCAAUUGCACAGUUUCGUUAUUUGGAAAGAUUACUUCUUGUACAUGGACAUUGGUGUUACCGAAGGAUCUCAUCAAUGAUAUGCUACUUUUUCUACAAGAACAUCACAUUUGGCUUUACUUUAUUUUUAUAUGAGGUGUAUGCAUCCUUCUCUGGGCAACCUGCAUACAAUGACUGGUUUUUGUCUCUCUACAAUGUCUUGUUUUCAUCACUUCCUGUGAUUGCUCUCGGGGUCUUUGACCAGGAUGUGUCUUCUCGGUACUGUCUGAGGUUUCCUAUGUUGUAUCAAGAAGGCGUGCAGAAUGUCCUCUUUAGCUGGCGUCGAAUACUCAGCUGGAUGCUCAAUGGCUUUAUUAGUGCUAUAAUAAUUUUUUUCUUCUGCACAAAGGCAAUGGAGAUUCAAGCAUUUGAUGAGAAGGGAAGAACUGCUGGGAGAGAUAUACUCGGAGCAACGAUGUUUACAUGUGUGGUUUGGGUUGUGAACUUGCAGAUGGCACUUGCUAUAAAUUACUUCACCUUGAUUCAACAUAUUUUGAUCUGGGGCUCUAUUGCUCUUUGGUACCUUUUCCUUAUAGCUUAUGGAGCAAUGUCUCCCAGCUUUUCAAAAAAUGCUUACAAAGUCUUCAUUGAAACUCUUGCUCCAUCUCCUUCCUUUUGGAUUAUUACAGUGUUUGUGGCGAUCACAACACUUAUCCCAUACUUCACUUUCUCAGCAAUACAGAUGAGGUUCUUUCCCAUGUAUCACGAAAUGGUACAGUGGAUAAGGCAUGAGGGAAAGACAAAUGAUCCUGAAUUUGUCGCUAUGGUGCGCCAAGUGUCAUUGCGGCCAACAACUGUUGGUCCGACAGCUCGCUUGGCAGCUAAGGAUAAUGACUUGAGAGACAGUGUCACUAACCAUGGAUAGUAUAUUUUGACAUAUUCUUCUUUCAACAGUCAAAUGAUGUAGUUUGUGUAUGCCACCUUUAUCUGCCUAUAUUUAUGGAAUUGCUUACUGGCUCUUCUCAACCAGAAAGUGAUGUUGCUUUUGCUUACAUCCAUUUAACUUCCAUGGUAAUGGCGUGGUGCACACAACCAAAGCAUCAUUUGGCUGUGAAGUUGGGCAGAUCAAUAAAAAUGUAUACCUAUUUUUUGGCCUUUUGAGGCUGUACAGUGUUAAUUUAUAGUCUGCUUUGUGUAUCAUAUAUGGUAGCAGUUACUGUGUAUAGCGAAAAUUCUUUGUAGACUAUAUAGCAUAGCUUCUUAUUAUAGAAACCAGUGCUUUCAUUCCUUUUCAAUAAUUCUUUUAUUGCACUUA